AUGAUCUACGUGGUGAAGGGACUUAGGAAGUCGUUGCUUGGAAAACCAGCAAUAGAAAAGUUUUGUUUGUUCCCACAAGUGAACAACGUGGCUUCUCCCCCUCGUAUCGGGGGCACCGAGACAGUCUACCUCUGCAAUCCGCGUAAGGACUUCCCUCAGCUCUUCAAAGGACUCGGUAACCUCAAGGAGGAACAUACCCUUGUUCUCAAACAAGAUGCAAAACCGCAUGCUGUCGUUUCUACGCGCCGAGUGUCACUCCCUCUCUUCAAAAGGACACGGGAAGAAUUAGAACGAAUGCGGAAGCUUGGGAUUAUCACACCAGUACAUGAAGCAACAGAAUGGUGUGCUCCAAUUGUGGUGGUUCCGAAACCGUCAGGAAACGUCCGUAUCUGUGUUGACCUAUCAGAACUCAAUCGACAUGUGCACCGCGAAUGGCACCCCAUACCCUCAGUGAAGCAGACACUAGGACAGCUCUCAGGUGCAAAAAUAUUCUGGCGGCCGGAUGCUAACUCUGGCUUUUGGCAAAUUCCUCUUAAUGAGAAUAGCUGA